UUCAUCAUAAACAAUUUGAGACUUCAUUAAUUGUUCACUGCAAAAUCAAAAUGAAAUUCUUACACAUUUUGAGUUUAUUAUUGGUGGCUUUGGUUGCCUAUACCUCGGCCCAAAGAUGUGUGGGCAGACCACGUAAUCCUUCCUGUACUGGUCCUCGCAAUGUGGGUCGUCGUGGUCGCGGUUGUACUCCUCGUACAAUGUGGUAUUAUGAUGCUCGUGGCCGUCAAUGUCGUGAAAUGCGUUAUUUGGGUUGUGCUGGCAACAACAAUCGUUGGUGCACUCGUGCCGCUUGUGAACAGAGAUGUCGUCGUCGCCAGGGUUAAAUGAUUAUUUCUUGUUGUUGUAAUCAUUUCGGUAGAUGAAGUUGAAUAAAAUGUUAUAAAAAUUGAAAACUAUUUUUUUGUUAAUUA